CGACGGAGUAAGUCGGCGCGUGAUGAUGACAACAUAGACGUCAAACGCGGUCUUUGCUUAGCUAACACGCUCCUGUGAAGACUUUAAACUUGAAAUUAUGACUUUGAAUCACUUGAACAUGCUACGACCGCUGCUUUGUCAGGCCCUGGUGGGACAGCUCAGGCCCCUCGUAGCCACCUCCAGGGUCACUGCACCGCCUCUGUACCCCGCCACCACCUUCUACCCUGCUGCAUGGGCCAGGCUUUAUGCCACAAAGAAGUCAAAAGCCAAGGCAAAGAGCCAGUCAGCUAAGGUGAAUAUUAAUUCAACCCUGGUUCAAGACAUCAUCAGUCUGGAAGGAGUGGAGGCGGAAAUGACGGAUGUUCUCAGUGCACUCAAAGAUGACUUCACACGCAACCUCAGCAUCCGAACCUCGCCUGGAGCUCUGGAUCACAUUGUGGUGAAGACCCAAGAUGGGAAGUUUCCUCUCAACCAGCUGGGUCAGGUCUCCAUGAAAUCACCUCAGCUCAUUAUGAUCAACAUGAGCAGCUUCCCAGAGGCUACAGCGGCUGCUGCCCGUGCCCUGAGAGAGAAUAGCAUGAACCUUAACCCAGAGGUGGACGGGACGAUCAUCAAGGUGCCCAUACCCAAAGUAACACGAGAACACAGAGAGAACCUCGCCAAGAUGGCCAAACAGUUGAGCAACAAGGCGAAAGACUCGCUGAGGAAGGUGCGAGCUAACGCUGUCACACAGGUCAAAAAGGCGAAGGAAGGACACUCAGAGGACACCAUACGGCUUGUAGAAAAACAGAUUCAGCAAAUGUCGGACAACAUGACGGUGGACAUUGACAAACAGCUUGCAGCCAAGACCAAGGAGCUGUUAGGCUGAGUGUGACGGUGGAUAGAAACGGACAGGUCUUCUUUUUUGACACGGUGUCAUUUGGUUGGAGCUGAACCUACAAAUGGACAUACAUAACAAAAGCAACAUGUCAUUCUUUACGUGUUGAAAACAUACAUGGACUCGGUCACAUUGAGGACAGAGUUUGUCUUGCUGUACAUGUUCCGGUGCUGCUGGCAGAAACUGAGCCUCGGUUCUUGCCCACAUCACUGGCAAAGAUCUGCUCAUCGCUGUUGGGUGAUAUCUGUGUUUAACCGUCGGCACAUAAACAGAAAUUGGCACGGAAACAACAACAACAACAACGACAGACUGCCAGUCUCCUCCCUCCUGCCUUGUUACUCUUCCUGUCUUCAAACAAACAGCGAGCGAGGGACGAAUGGACUUUUAAUGGGAUUUGCGGACCUCCUCCUAAUCAAACCCCUUGCCACAAGGGCUGUCUGUUUAUAUAAAACAAGCGCACCCAUCUGAAUGUAAACUGGCUGCGGGUUUGUCUUGGUGGCGAGAACGAGAGAGGAAGGGAGAGAGAGUUUGUUCCAGAGACGCAGGAUAUCAUUAGCGUGUUGCCAAACAUUUGUUUCGCAUUGAUUCGAAGUCUGUUAAAAAAUGCACUUGAGAAAAAAAAGGCCUUUAAUUUCUGCCCCUGUCGAGGAUUGAUAAUACGGCUGCUCUCUCGACAAUAAAGUCGGGAAAGUAACAUUAUUGAUGGACUCCAUUAAAGAAACGCUGCUUUGUACCAUGUGCGUCAUCUUUCUCGCUCUUGUUUUCUUUUCUUUUUCUCCACUUUUAGUUUGAAGUCACCCCCUCCUCCAUUAGUCAGAGUGAUAAUGGACUUUUCCUGUGUACAGAUCUCUGGGCCCUGGCUGCUGGCACCACAGUUGUCCAUUAGGAAAAGAGGCUUUUUUAAUGUUGUACACUUGGCCCUCUUUGCCUUUAAAUAUCUGCACUUUUAAAGCCUCGGUCAGGAAUUGUAGCAUGUGUGGAUCAAUGACAAGCGGCCCAGCGACACACACAUGGCUGUGCUUUCAUCUCUCUGCUGUUCAGACCAGCUGGAGGCUUUUCUGUACUAUUACGUGGCCGGUGUCUUCAUUUUGAUCGUGUUUUGUUUUGCUUCCUCUGCUACUGGUCGCAGGCAGCGCAGGUGUUCAUUUUAAAAGUCUGCCCUCACACUUGGUCUUAUAGUCAACCAGUCACAUGAUGACUACAGUGCUGCAACAUUGCACACAUUUUUAAAAAUGCAUUUAAAUU